UUCUAGUUUGCGAUUGGAGCUUGAUUGAUUGGUUUCACUUCAGUACAUUGUCCUCAAAAUUAUUUCAUCUUUUACGGUGUUACAGUUACAGGAAGAAUUCACUUUUCUAAAUUCAAAUAUAGCCCACUUAAACAGUUACAUAUUCCAUGCUGAGUACAGCUGCUUACGCACGUGGUUGUGGUGCAUUUUGGUUGUUCGACACUGUAGUUCUGACAUCAGAUAUAUAAAACGAUAUCGUGCUAAAAAUGUCGACUGGUGGAAAUAUUUAAAAAUAGAUACAAUCUAUGUCAACAAAUAAAAAGAAGCGUUCUGAAAGGUAAUUCAAAAUUCCUUAGUAGAUUUGCGAAAUCUAUCCUCGCGUUAAUAUUCCUGAAACGCAAAAAUGGAGGAAGGUUAUCAGCACGAUCAUCACGUUCACUUCGACGCGGCUGUGAUAAAUGACGGUCUCCACGAUAACUCCAUUAUCUAUAAGGUGGCUGCCAAAGGCAGUUCCAUCAUGAUACAUCUAGGUUUCCUACAGACCAAACAUAGAUAUCGAAUUGAAUUGAAAAUGCCAAUGCUUCCAUUACUGAAUGCAGGUUUGAAAAUUGGCGCUAAUUCGGAAUUCGUAGUGGAAGAGACCAAGUUGCCAAACCAUAACUGCAAGCUGCUCGAAUUUCCCACCAAAGCCGUUCCGGAUGGCGAAGGCAAGGAUAAUCUAACGGCCACAGUGGAAUUCUUUGCCCACAAGGAGAAACUUGUGAAGGAGCAUUUGCAUGUUUGCGGAAAGGAAGAUCAUAGCGUUAAACUUGAUUUGGUGCUGAUUGCACGUGUUUUGGGGCGAGGAAAGGGAACACCUAUGUUGCGGGAUGGCAUCCACUUAAUGGCCGUCGAGGACGAAGAAGAGUCAGAGCUAUCGGAUUGGCAGGGAUUUCCCAAGAAGGAGUAGAGAAUUCGGAAUUUUGUUGAAAUUAGUUUUGACGUCAUAUUUCUCAUCUUCAUCUUAAACUAUAAGUUAACAAUUACUGGUAUGCAUUACAGGUAAAACAAACUACCUCUUAAUUUUCAAUGUAGUGAAUAUAGGUCAUCACAUUACAAUCACUGUUUCUUGCCAUUUUUGGUUCUGAUCAAAUUUUGCUGUACCUUAUAUACUGAUGAAUUAUUUAAGGAUUAGAUUACGACAAUAUAUUACUUCGUGCAGUUAAGAUGGUUAAAAAAGCGAUAACCUAAACCAGUUGAUAGAUAUUUCCACGCUAAAAAAGCUGCAGAGGCGUUUUCGAGACCGGAGGCUAUGCUAAAUUCGACCUAGUUAAGUAAGACUAGCAUUUGUACCGUAAGCUUAUAGAAUUGUAUAUUUCUUAAAUUGACUAUCUUGAUAAAAAUAAAAUUAGAAACACACAUUUUAGAAA